AUGGCGUCUACGGACGGAGAUAUUCUGCCUUCAUACAACACCCUCUUCCCCGAGGAUGAGCCUGCUGCUAACCAGACCAAUGGCGGGCGAAGGCGUUGCACCACCAUCACUCUUCGCGAGAUAUACUACCCCAGCGGCUGCCCGUGCCACCCCGGGGAGAAGAAGGCCGACAAAAAGGGCAAGCGAAAACAACAAGACACUGCCGCUCCGACCAACCAGUUCCGCAUUGAAGACUCCCUUGAUCUGCCACAAUGGCUCGAGCAGCGGCAGCUCGAGCUCGAACAGCAGCACAUCAGGAGAUUCGAGAUCCUCAAAAGCACGACAUUGGGACUCGUUUUUCCGCAGAACCUCCGGCUAGAAGUCGUCGAAGUCGAUCCUGACACACGUGAGCAGGAACAGGAACACGACACGGCUCGACCAUGCUUCACCACCAGCAACAUGAAAUGGUGGAAGAACAAAUUGAUGCUCCCACCUUCUUUCGACAUCUUUCCUUCACCCCAACAGGGUACAUGGCAUGAGAGUGAAUCUUCCGGCCAAGUGCAAGGCCAGGAAAGUGCCGAGAAGCCAUAUCCUCUCGCCCACAUCGAGUACCCGGGCUGGCAAGGCGUGACGCAGAUGACCAUCAACUUGACAUUGUACAACAUCACUCGAGAAAUGCACUACGAACACAAUCACGACCCCGCCGAGCCGCGCUCACUCUGGACGGUGUCUCGCUUGGGCAGCAAGCGGGAAUAUGUCAUAAAGUGCACCACUGAUCGCGAGUUGAAUGGUUACAAAUGGCACAGCAUGUCCUCGUCGGAGCUCACUUCGAUUCCAGCCCUCGAUGACGGUCAUUCCUGGGCACACGGCAACCUCGUCUUGUCCGGCCCUGACGAUCGGCUCGUCGCCGCUUACAGGCAGCGUCGGGAUUAUCGGGUUCUCGGAUCUCUUACAAUCUUCACCGACACUUUACAUCACGACAUCGGAACGAGACCCGUUCUCACGAUCGAUGCUAUCACUGCGAGCUGUCUGUCCAUCAUCCUCUACGAGAGAGUCGCGUGGCAGAAUCUGCUUGGGAACUGA